AUGGAUUCUAAUUAUUGUCAAAUACAUAUGAACCAACCAAGAGUGGUUCUUUUUGCUUCGGAAUGGCGAAAAGACAAGCUUCCCGUUGACGACAUAGAAGUUCGACUUGAAUACCUUCCUCCUAUGCCAGAAGAUGAACUUACAAUUCAGCAUUCAAGCGCGAAUCUAAUUCUGAUGAGAAGCAAGCAGCUGCGACAUGAACCAGCUUGGAAGGAUAUGGCUUUGGACGAUUUGGUCGAUCACUUUGCUUUUGUGCAAGGAUCUCAACCUCGAACGGAAGAAGCAUCAGAAGAGAAUAAAACAAAGAACCCAUUUCAUUCGGUCCCUAUGGCUAGCUUUUUACAGGCAAAUCGAAAACAUCAAAGUGAACACGCAAGUAUACGUUAUAUUCGCUGA